AUGGUGGAUAAAGCAGGGGACAAUAACAGCGUGGUGGAUAAAGCAGGGGACAAUAAUAGCGUAGUGGAUAAAGCAGGGGACAAUAACGGCAUGGUGGAUAAAGCAGGGGACAAUAACAGCAUGGUGGGUAAAGCAGGGGGCAAUAACAGCGUGGUGGAUAAAGCAGGGGACAAUAACGGCAUGGUGGAUAAAGCAGGGGACAAUAACAGCGUGGUGGACAAAGAAGGGGACAAUAACAGCGUGGUGGAUAAAGCAGGGGACAAUAACAGCGUGGUGGACAAAGAAGGGGACAAUAAUAUCGUAGUGGGUAAAGCAGGGGACAAUAACAGCGUGGUGGAUAAAGCAGGGGACAAUAACAGCGUGGUGGGUAAAGCAGGGGACAAUAACAGCAUGGUGGAUAAAGCAGGGGACAAUAACAGCGUGGUGGACAAAGCAGGGGACAAUAACAGCGUGGUGGACAAAGAAGGGGACAAUAACAGCGUGGUGGAUAAAGCAGGGGACAAUAACAGCGUGGUGGACAAAGAAGGGGACAAUAACAGCGUGGUGGACAAAGAAGGGGACAAUAACAGCGUGGUGGACAAAGAAGGGGACAAUAACAGCGUGGUGGACAAAGAAGGGGACAAUAACAGCGUGGUGGACAAAGAAGGGGACAAUAACAGCGUGGUGGACAAAGCAGGGGACAAUAACAGCGUGGUGGACAAAGAAGGGGACAAUAACAGCGUGGUGGAUAAAGCAGGGGACAAUAACAGCGUGGUGGACAAAGAAGGGGACAAUAACAGCGUGGUGGAUAAAGCAGGGGACAAUAACAGCGUGGUGGACAAAGAAGGGGACAAUAACAGCGUGGUGGACAAAGAAGGGGACAAUAACAGCGUGGUGGACAAAGAAGGGGACAAUAACAGCGUGGUGGACAAAGAAGGGGACAAUAACAGCGUGGUGGAUAAAGCAGGGGACAAUAAUAUCGUAGUGGGUAAAGCAGGGGACAAUAACAGCGUGGUGGAUAAAGCAGGGGACAAUAACAGCGUGGUGGACAAAGAAGGGGACAAUAACAGCGUGGUGGACAAAGCAGGGGACAAUAACAGCGUGGUGGACAAAGAAGGGGACAAUAACAGCGUGGUGGAUAAAGCAGGGGACAAUAACAGCGAGGUGGAUAAUAGCGUGGUUGAUAAAGCAGGGGACAAUAACAGCGUGGUUGAUAAAGCCGGGGACAAUCAUACCGUGGUGGAUAAAGCUGGGGACAAUUAUAGCGUGGUUGAUAAAACAGGGGACAAUGAAAGGGACAAAAACAGCGUGGUGGAUAAAGCAGGUGACAAUAAUAGCGUGGUGGAUAAAGCAGGGGACAAUACCGUGGUGGAUAAAGCAGGGGACAAUACCGUGGUGGAUAAAGCAGGGGACAAUACCGUGGUGGAUAAAGCAGGGGACAAUACCGUGGUGGAUAAAGCAGGGGACAAUACCGUGGUGGAUAAAGCAGGGGACAAUACCGUGGUGGAUAAAGCAGGGGACAAUACCGUGGUGGAUAAAGCAGGGGACAAUACCGUGGUGGAUAAAGCAGGGGACAAUACCGUGGUGGAUAAAGCAGGGGACCAUACCGUGGUGGAUAAAGCAGGGGACGAUACCGUGGUGGAUAAAGCAGGGGACAAUACCGUGGUGGAUAAAGCAGGGGACAAUACCGUGGUGGAUAAAGCAGGGGACAAUACCCGGGUGGAUAAAGCGAGCGGACCCUGGGUAUGA